AUGGACGAAAAGACACAGAAGCUCAGCCUGAAGCGGGAACUAGGUCUGGUAGGAGCCGUGUCCCUCAUCGGAGGGACCAUGAUUGGGUCUGGGAUCUUCAUGUCCCCGCAGACGGUCCUCUCUACCAUCGGCAGCCCCGGAGCCAGCCUGGUGGUGUGGGCCUGCUGCGGUUUACUGGUGAUACUGGCCUCUUUCUGCUACGCUGAGCUGGGCACUGUCAUAAGAGAAUCGGGAGGAGAGUACAUCUACAUCCUCAGGACUUCGGGUCCAGUCGUCGCCUUCAUGUUAAUCUUUAGCUCUGUGUUGUUUGUGCGACCCGCUGGUGUUGCUGGCAUAGCGUUGAGUUUCGCUCAGUAUGUUGUGGCUCCUUUCUACAUCGACUGCCCCCCUCCAGUGCUGCUGGUGAAGUGCGUGGCCGCAGCUGCGAUUAUAACGCUGGCCGUUGUGAACUGCCUUAAUGUGCGGUUUUCAAUGUCAGUCCAAGUGUUUUUUAUGGUGGCCAAGGUUCUGGCCCUGGCUGUCAUUAUAAUAGGAGGGGUGGUGAUGCUUAUCAAAGGUCACACUGAAAACUUUGAAGACUCUUUUGACAACACAAAUCUGGGCAUCAACCCAAUUGGCAUUGCUUUCUACCAGGGCCUGUGGUCCUAUGACGGCUGGAACAAUCUCAAUUAUGUGACUGAAGAGUUGAAACGUCCAGAGGUCAAUCUCCCUCGGGCAGUGGUGAUCGCCAUUUCUCUGGUGACCGGCUUGUACUUGCUGGUGAACGUGAGCUACCUGACAGUGAUGACCCCCAAAGAGCUCAUGUCUUCCAGCGCAGUGGCAGUUACCUGGGGGAAUAAGGUGUUAGGGAGCUGGGGGUGGAUCAUGUCUGUGGCUGCAGCAUUGUCAGCUUUUGGUUCCCUGAACGGGACCUUCUUCAGCGGAGGCCGUGUGUGCUUUGUUGCUGCCAGGGAAGGGCACAUGCCAGAUAUUCUGUCCAUGGCUCACGUCCGCAGACUGACUCCAUCGCCAGCGCUGAUCUUCACCACCAUCGUGUCUCUGGUGGUGCUGAUCCCUGGAGACUUCCAGAGUAUCGUCAACUUCUUCAGUUUCACCGCCUGGUUUUUCUACGCCAUCACCCUGUCUGGACUCCUCUAUCUGAAGAUCAAGAAGCCAGAACUCCCCAGGCCAUACAGGGUUCCCAUUAUACUCCCCAUCCUGGUCCUCAUUGCAGCAAUAUUCCUCGUGCUGGCACCGAUCAUAGACAAUCCUCAGAUUGAAUACCUCUAUGUGACUUUAUUUAUCUUCAGUGGAAUCAUAAUCUACAUACCCUUUAUCCAUUACAAGCUCUGCCCCAGCCUGUUGACCAAGUUAACAGUGUUCCUGCAGCUCUUCCUAGAGGUCGCCCCGGCAGAGAAAAACCUGUGAUUUCCACUUCUUAUGCAUGCGUUUUUUUUUUUAACUACACCUGUUUUUGUUAUGACACUCAAACAUUGCAGGUUACAUUCUUCAUACAAUAACAUAAUAACAGUAUUACCUCCCAUUUCUCUCUUCUGCUUUAACCUUUUAUAAGCUAGUGCUGGUAAACGCAAGAUGCUUGUAAAAAUCUCCAAAAAGCAUCAAUAAUUUUCUUUGAAUUUCCUGGUAUGUGUUGCCUUUUUGCACAAGUGCACUCAGUAUUUAUUUUGCUGACUUCUGACUCAAAUCAGAGAGAAUGUGGGAAAAUGUUUCUUAAGUUUGCCUGUGCAACAGAUUUCUAUUUCAGUUCAUUAUAAAUGUUCAUUUGUUAAACACUCCAGAUCCAUGAAAAUGAAUCUUGAACAGAUUUUAUUUACAAGAAAACACCCAGGUCUGUACAGAAAAUGUCCAAUUAAGUAUCAAGUUUUUUUUUCUUGAAUGAUAAUACAUUAAUUUGGAAGUGAGCGAGAAGCGGUAAUCACGACUUCCUGUGUUCUUGUACAAGAUGCAAACUCUGAACAGAGUUUCUACUGUUCUCCAAACACUUAUAAUGAGCCAAAGUGAGAAAAAGCACCACAAGGUAAUUGCUGCAUUUUUAAGCAGAAAAAGCAGCAGAAAAACGUUCAUCACAGAGCAUCAAAUAAAAAAGAAACAGUUAAACAGUUACUGUUUUAAAUAUCAUGUGUUACAGUUUUAAAGAACAAGAUGUGACUUGUGAUUUCAAUAAAGUUAUACAUUAUCAGCUGUGCUUCAGAGACAGUGCAUGAAAAGAAAACAAGGUUUGUAUUUUUUAGACAUGCUGGUGGAAUGACUCCACAGUGUUGGUAUGUUGAGUCACCACUUUGGUCCAGUCUGAGAUAUUUCAAGGAUGGAUUGCCAUGCAAGUUGUACAGACAUCCCUGCUUCCCAGAGGAUGAAUGGAGGUGAUCCACUGACUUUUCCCCCUGCACCACCAGCAGACUGACAUUUUUUUAUUGGAUGGUUUGCAAUAAAGUUUGGUACACACAUUCCUGUCCCCCUGAGGAUGAACUGUAAAAACAUUGGUGAUCCUUUAACAUUUCAUUGCUUCAUCAAGUCAAACUGUUUCUGUCCAAUGUUUUAUCAUGUGAUUUUAUGUCUUAAAACCUGCAAAGUUAACAACGUUCUCAUCAGCCAUUGCUGUACUUUGUGGUUAUUGUUAAUACGUUAAGCUAAGAUGGUAAACAAAUUAACAUUACAGCUGCUAAACAUCAGCAGGUGAGCAUGUUACUAUGCUGAUGUUAGCAAUUAGCUCACAGUACUGCUGUUCGUUAGUACAGCCUCACAGCCCCGAGCACGGCUGCAGAUUCUUAGUCUUGUUUUCCAAAACUGGCUGUCCUCCAUUUUUCUCCAUAUUCAGCCUUGUGCAUCACUCACUUUAUGUGCAGUAUAUUUUGCUAUUGUCUUAAUCCACUGUGAGUGGACACUGGGCUACAAGAUAAAUAAUAAUAAUAUCUUGA